UGGAUCCUUUUUAUUGGAACCUUGUCAUAAGAUUCCAUUAAAGGAUCUGGACAAAAUUCAGGCAAAAUCUCUUAGGAUCAUACUUGGGGCAAUGAAAUCUUCUCCAAUCAAUGCCCUACAAGUUGAAUGUGUCGAUCCGCCUUUAAACAUCCGACGGCAGUAUCUUGCGGAUAGGUUUUUAUCUAAGGCAUUCCAGAAUUCUUCACACCCGCUGUUAGACAAACUACACAAAUUAUCCCAGUUGACGUCAACAUCUGCGUAUUGGCGGCAUAAAGAUCUCCCUUGUCUCCUGAUCAGUUACCUUAAGAUAACCCAACUUCCUUGUCCUAUUGUCCAGUGCAGACUCAACCCUCUAUUUUCCACCCCUUACGAAGCACUGACAUUCUCUCCUAACAUCAUCCUUAACUUCCCUAUCGAUAAAGGUUCCUCUCUAGCAAAUACUCAAUUUAAUCAGCAUAUAAAUGAGCACUAUAGGGAUUGGAUGCUUAUCUUUACGGAUGCAUCUAGACUUUCGGUGGAUGGUUGUGUGGGUGCAGCUGUCUGGAUUCCGAGAGUAAAUGUGAUUCUAAAUUUUAAAUUGCCUCCUCACUCCUCUGUAUUUACAGGAGAGGCCCUUGCUAUAUUUGAGGCCAUCUCGUUUAUUGAGUCUCACGAUCUUAGUAAAUCGCUUAUACUUUCGGACUCCAGGAGCGUUUUGGAGGGUAUAUCUGCUAACCAGUUCCGCUCAAAGUCUAGAUUUCCUUUAAUCCUUAAGAUAAGACAGCUUCUCCUUAGGUGUCGUGUCCGUAGUAUCCAUGUUGUGUUAGCAUGGAUACCUGGCCACAGUGGAAUUACUGGUAAUGAGAGUGUGGAUGCUUAUGCUAAAGCCGCUAUAACAUCAGGUGGACUCAGUCAAUACCAACUCUAUUGUCAGGACUUAAUUCCACUUGCAAAAUCUCAACUUUCUAGCAAAUGGAAUACACUAUGGGACGGCUCAAGUACCAUCAAAGGCAAGCACUACCAUGAUAUUCAAAGUAGUGUACCAGUAAGACCAUGGUUCUUUAGAUAUUCACAGUGUAGCAAACCAAUAUGCUCGACAAUCUGCCGUGUUAGACUUGGUCAUUGUUGCUCACCAGUGUUCCUUGCUAAAAUUAGGGUCAAGGAUCAUUCUCUCUGCGAAUGUGGUCUAGAUGAGGGUCAAUCAACUCCUGUAAAUAUGUAAUUUUGUUUUGUAACCG